AUGUCAAAUUUUAAGUGGAGGGACCUAUUAAAAUUAAAUUCAAAAUCAGAGGCAUAUUUGUCGCCACUUUCAUGUAUAGCACAUGUCGAUCUAAAUGCCUUUUUUGCACAAGUGGAACAAGUUCGGUGUGGAUACUCAAGAGACGACCCAGUAGUCUGUGUACAAUGGCAGUCGAUUAUUGCGGUUUCAUACGCCGCAAGAAAAUAUGGAAUAUCAAGAAUGGAUUCAGUGAAAACUGCUUUUGAAAAGUGUCCAAGUUUGGUUCCUAUUCAUACUGCUGUAUUUAAGAAGGGAGAAGAUUUUUGGCAAUAUCACGAUGGAUAUGGUUCAUGGAACAAGAAUCCCAAUAAGAGGUUAUCACCAGAAUCAUAUAAGGUUUCUUUGAUUCCAUAUAGACGAGAAGGUAGAAAAGUUUUAAAAAUAUUCCAGGAGUGUUGUGAUCUAGUGGAAAAAGCUAGUGUUGAUGAAAUGUUUCUAGAUUUAGGAAGAUUGUGUUUUCAACAUUUAUUGUUAUUUGAUAGAAGUGAUGACAAUGACCGUUUAAAUUUGGAUAUUGACUAUUCAGUGUUCCAAGAUAUUAGAACUAUUUUUGUAUCUGGUACAUAUGAAUUAGAUUCUAGGUUACCUAUGAUAUCAGAAGAUAUAAACGAAAAGGUUAAGUUUAAAGGUAAUGUAUUUAAUCUAACUUCAUCAUUUUCUGGUCAAAAUUCUCAAUUACCAAAUAUCGAAGAUUGGGAUGAUGUUAUUUUUGCUCUUGCCUCACAUAUCAUCGAUUAUAGUAGAACGUAUAUUGAAAAGACACUUGGAUAUACGACAUCAUGUGGGAUUGCCAGGACAAAGGUAGUAGCUAAACUAGGAUCUAACUUUAAAAAGCCUAACGCCCAAACAAUAAUAUUGAAUAAAUAUCUUAAUGACUUUUUGGACUGUGGCAAAUUUGAAAUCACUAGUUUUUGGACCAUGGGCGGAUCACUUGGUAAAUCUUUAUCAGGUUUAUUAAAAUUACCCUCAAAGGGUAGUAUCAGGUACAUUAGAGAUAACUGGGAUAGUAGCAAACAGUUACAAGAUUUUAUUGAAGCCGAAAUUAAACAAACAAAUUUCAUUCCUGAACAUAAUAAAUUCAAUUUCGAGAAUACUGAAGCCUUAUCAAAAAAGAUAUAUGAGUUAAUAAAAGGCGAGUAUCAUGAAUCCCUGAACCCUAAAGCUGUAGUCAAGUCUAUGAUGUCUAAUAAAAAUAUGAGGGGAAAUGCCUGUAAUUCCCUUGUAGAUAUAUUAUCAUGGUUUGAAGUGUUUUGUAGUGAAUUGGUGUACCGUGUUGAAGAAUUAGAGCAGGAGUAUAAAAAGAUUAUAAAACCCAACACGGUAACAGUGUUUUUGAAAACUGCAGCCGGUGAAGUGUAUAGAAAAUCGGGUCCUAUAAUUUGCAGGAGUUCAGCUUUUAAUGGUCAAGGUUUGCUUAAAUCUGCUUCGAGGCUUGUUGAUGAAUUUGAUUCACAAAUUUGCAAAGAUAAAAUUCUUCGAGUUUAUCCUUUGAUCAAUUUAAAUUUGAGUAUCUCCAAUUUUGAUAUUCUUGACUUACAGAAGAAUAUUAUGGAUAUGUUUGGAAAUCAGGUACAAAUCCUUAAAGUUAGCAAUGAAGAGAAUUCAAAGGAAUCCACGUAUGAAAGUUCGCCAAAGGACAUAAGAGGUAAAAGUAUUAACAAUAACGAUAAUAAAGAUGAGAAUAUUACAUUUUACUGUAAAAAGUGUAAUUUGCAAUUUAGUUGUAACAAGGAUUUUCAAGAACAUCUUGAUUUUGAUAUUGCAGUUAAAUUGUCUGAAGCCUUGAAUGGAGUAACAGAGGAGUCUUCCAACUUGUCGAUUGGUGAGAAACGGCUUCUGUUUAAGCAAAGUGCGGGUAAAGAUUCUGUGACAAACAGAAGUAGUAACCAAAACAAUUCAAUGAGUAGAAAAUUGAAACUAAACGGUGUCCAAAAGAAGCGUCUAACUAAUCAUGACUCUUCAAAACACGACAUACGACGUUUCUUUAAGAGAUAG